AUGGAUCCAAACAUCCAGGGGUCUUUCCUGUUCAACAACGGCCUGAACCAAUUCUCCUCGGACCUCAAGGCACCAGUGUGCCAGUACUCAGUGCCCAACUCUUUCUAUAAGCUCAACCCGGGCCUGAACAGCCAGCUGCAGGCGGGGACGCCUCACGGCAUCAGCGACAUUCUCAGUCGCUCCAUGGUGGGAGUGGGCUCCACGGGCACCACCACCCUGCUGUCGGGAUACUCAACCAUGGGGGGCUUCGGUCCCUCUGUCACCAGCACAUCCAUGUACUAUAACCGAGACUACAACUCCUCGCUGGGCGGCUUCUCCAAGCCGGGCAGUGAGUGCCCCAUGAAGGCUCGCAGUGUGAGCUGCUGGGCAGAGAGUGGCUGUGACUGGAGAGGAGGGAGGCAGCAGUGCACCAACAGUAGUGGUCCUCUUGUGGAGAUGUCCGGCAGGAAGAAACACACCAGACCAACAUUUAGUGGACAUCAGAUAUUUGCGCUGGAGAAAACAUUCGAGCAGACCAAAUACCUGGCCGGGCCUGAGAGAGCGAGACUGGCUUAUUCUCUGGGAAUGACUGAAUCACAAGUUAAGGUGUGGUUUCAGAACCGACGUACCAAGUGGAGGAAGAAGAGCGCAUCAGAACCCAGCUCCACUCAGGCCAGCCACGCCGGGCAGGGAGGCGAGGCUUCGGAGAACGAGGUGGAGGACGAGGAGUACAACAAGCCUCUGGACCCCGACUCCGACGACGACAAGAUCCGACUGCUGUUGCGCAAACACCGCCGGGCUUUCUCCGUCCUGCGCCUCGGGCCACAUCAUGUCUAACAUGCCACGUGCCAAAUGACACACCGGCUUCUCGGCAGAUCUGCAUGAUUACAUGAGAAAUGUUUAGUUUUGAAUACAAAGUUUAAUCAGUGAACAGUCAAGCAUGUUCAGAACAGGUCAUUUUGUGCUCGUCCAACAAAAGGUUCAACAGACAAACCGGCUGAAAAAAAUGAAGCUCAAGAAAAAAAAAAAAGAUGUUUACUUUUCUAAGUUACCGUAAGAAAUCAUCUCUGGUCUGUUUAAUGUUACAGU